CAGGGUACUGGGCAGGGUACCCUGUCAGAUCACUGAGUCAGAGACCUCCACCCAACCUGCAUCAGCAGGGAUUCAACCAUCUCACCACUGGCGUAAGCUCCAACACAAGACGGCUGAACUCAGGGAAGACAAGCAGACCCUCUCCAGUCAUCAGUCUUCCCCCAAUUGGCCACUACAGAGUAGAAGAUGAUCCAGUCUUUCCAAGGAACUGGGUUCCAAAGCCCAGGCUAAGCGUGGAGGACUACUGCAGGAGACCAUAAUGGCUGUCCAAAUGGACAAACUAGCAGAUCGUAAGGUUUGUGGAGAUGCCACAUGUUCACAUGUACUUUCCAUGGCCACAGCUUUGGAUGAUUUCAUUGCUCCAGAUUGCAGAUUCAUCAACAUUAAAAAGGGUCAGAUAGUUUAUGUGUAUUCAAAACUCAUACCAGCAGAUGGCACUGGAGUAUUCUGGUCUGGAAAUGUGUACAGUGAGCGAUAUGUGGAUCAGAUGUGUAGAACAGGAUAUUUCCCUGCAACCAUGGUAAAGGAGACCCAAAAGUUUGCAGAUACUACAAUUCGAAUGCGGACCACUGAUAUGGACUUCUAUUGCGAUUAGGGAACAGCAGGCUGAAUAUCUUAAAUUUUUACCUUAACUGUCUUGCCUUUGUAAUUGUACUGUGCAUAGUGUUUCUGUUAAAUCCAUGAAUCACAUGAUGCUAUAUUAUAUUGUUAUGUACUGCAUUUAGCUAGAAUACCUUAGCCCCGUUGGUGUUUAUGAGUACAGUGCAAAGUUGAAGACCUGUUCUAAAAUAUGUGCGAUUUCAUAUCAGUAAAAAAACUAAAAAAAUUCACUUUGUUCUUUACACAGAUUCAGUUUGGGUCAUUUAAUUUUGGCGUGCUGUAGAUAUUGUGUGUUACCAAACUUAAUAUGCCAUAGUUAGCCUUCACAAUGGUCCAGAUUAUGGUUUUACAAGAGAUGUGUUGUAAUCAUUAAAUGUACUUGCUUUGUACUCAUAUGAGAACAUUUACCUAUGGAA